AUGUGGGAUGACCUCACAUUGCAAAUGGGAAUUUUGGUCAAGAUGUGCAAUAACCCAGGGACAGCACUACUUGGCGCCCGGGUUUCAGCUCUGACGCCCAGUCGCCGGAUAGUUAGAUUCUCACAGCCCGGUUUACUUCCAGACCAGGCUGUGACCAUUGAUGGUUCAAUUUCUCUUGCCGCUCAGCUAGGGCUGUUGUGGUGUCAUGUUCAUGUAUACAACAAGGCAAACAUCAAAAUGGUCAUUCAUGUAUCCAAAACAACAAAUAAAUCACAUUUAUUCAAUGGUGGACAUAAAGAAGAGCUUGAAUUGAGAUUAUCUGAUCCUAUGAGAAGUGUCAGACCUGCCGCUGCUAAAUCUUCAGGUUUGUCUAAUGCUGCCAAUAUGGACGUCACAUUGCAUGAAUUCUGGAAAUGA